AUGUAUGACCAAGCAAGUAUCAACAUUGAUCAUCUUUGCAGAAAGAACUCUGCUACCGUGGUGGACGGCACUGAUUGCAUGACCGCGGCCAGCAAUUGCCACAUGUACCAUGGGAUGCCUGGGGGUGUCAUCAAAGAUUCACUAGAUAUUGAUUCUGCGAACGAUUCCGAUAAUAUCUCCACAGGAACACGAAAUUCACGCACGGCUUCCACAUCCCUCACUUCUUUUGGGGUGUCACCUACACGAACAGAACAAGAACAAACCAAAGCGGGCGGAAUAGCGGAUGUUUGUUCACUACAUUUUGAAAGCACAAUGCAUGACAACUUUUUACUGUUCAUCGAGCCAAACCCGGUUCUUCCGCCAUCUUAUGAAGAUUUGCCACCUGGUGGGUGUCCGAGGUAUCCGGUCAUAGAAACCCUAAGUGGAAACGAAGAGUUGCCACAAUACACCCCCGCUGCUUGUAAAUUGGGAAUCUUUCAAAGAAAACAGGAAUGUGUUUCCCCCUACGACCUUUCUUCUAAUAGAUCUUGGAAAACUGUUGUUAUAGAGUUAAACUCCACACAACUCAACAUAUAUGCGGUUUCUGCACAGCUCGAAAAAGUUUUGUGGAAUAUCAAUUCAAGCUUUGUGGAAGAACUGGAUUCGAAUAUCGGGAAAGUAACUCCCAAAAGCGCGUUUUCGUCCCUCAUCACUAAUAGUCGAGAUAUGAAGCUUCGUGCAUUUUGUGAGAGGAGCGGGCUUUUAAAUGCAGAGUUUGCAGAGAGCCGGAGAAUUGCGGCAACUAAAUCUUUCUCCAACGCUUUAGGCUUACAUUCAAAAUCACACUCUACGCUUCAAAAGAGCAGUAAACAUCAGUUGAUCCGGUCCUAUUCAUUACAGCAUGCUAAGUUCGGGUUGGCGAAUGACUACACCAAGAAGCCCAAUGUGCUUAGACUUCGGCUUGAGAACGAACAGUUUCUUGUCCAAUUUUCGUCCGCAAAAGAAUUGAUAGAGUGGCAUCUUGCUAUGUCUAUUGGGAAAGAUGUUGCUUUGGAUUUAAACGAGCGAGAAGCACCAAAAUAUCGAACUGUUCCUAGAAGAAGACGGAACACAUUGUUUUCAACCACCAUGAAUCUGAAUGAUGCAAUGGCCGGGCGAUUAAGGUCCCAAUCUGAUCCCCAUCCUAAGCAGAGGAGCCCAAAGUCCCACACGGGGUUUGGCGGUCUUAUGUUCAAGUCAUUUACUUCGGGGUCACUGGUCAGCGAUCAAACCAAUUUCACAUCAAAGCCUUUCCAUAUCCCACGGAAUUUAGCGCCAGAUAUCAGACGAGUUCAGAAAGUACCAAAUCCCAUUAAUCAUGUGGAAAACAUGAAACUGAAGAGGACUCCCGGACUUUCAGUCGGAAAGGGAAAAACUAAUCAAUCUUCUGGUUUCACUGAAGCUAAUGGUGGUCAAUCGGAGAGUAACCUUUCAUCUAGCAAAGACUUCACACCUGAUGGUCCUACUACUCUGAGUAGAACUUCCGAUGAAUUUCAGCAGUCUGAAGAAGAAUAUGAAGAUGAAGAUGAAUUGGAAGCAGAUUCCGAUGCAGAUGAUAUGGACGUGGGCAACACCCAAAUUUCGACGUGCUCUGAUCUUAUUAAGUCGAGUACAAGAAGAAUUGAUGAUGACAAGUGGAACCCGAUGUACAAACUUGAGAGCGAAAGGCGUUUUCUUCGGAAUUGUUUGAAGUGUAUAAGGCCUCUUGGGUUUAACGAUAAGUGGCAAAACAAACUGAUUGUGAAGCCCAUUAACAUCACACCGUUGAUCUCGCGCUAUGUUACAAGUCCCUCUACCGUGCAUAAUCUUGAGCAUAAUGCGUGGGGAAACUUCUCGAAGACAAGAUUGAUCAAUACUAAGGUAUAUUGGCUGUCCGCAAGUUCAAAACAGGAUACAUCCAGUAAUUUGGAAGAGCUUCAAAUGACUGGCAUGGCAUUAAACAGGACCCCUCAUCACAGCUUACAAGAGUACGUUGUUGGAUCACAUGCUUUAAUACCAAAGAGCUCAUGA